AUGGAGCUACCCGCCGCGGGAGAUCACGUCUUUGCGGUGGAGAGCAUCGAGAAGAAACGCAGCAGAAAGGGGAGGGUUGAGUAUCUGGUCAAGUGGCGAGGCUGGUCUCCCAAAUACAACACUUGGGAGCCAGAAGAAAACAUUCUCGAUCCAAGACUCUUGGAUGCGUUCCAAGACAGGGAGCGACAGGAGCAGGGCUACCGCAAGAGAGGACCCAAGUCCAAGCAUGUCCUGGUCCAGGUCCCCUCGUUCGCCCGGAGAUCCAACAUUCUGGCCGACGUCCGCGAGGAGGAAGGCACCCGGAAGUCGAGCUCCCUCCCGAUGCAGUAUCAGCUAAACAGCAAAAAGCACCACCCGUAUCAGCCACAUUCCCAGGACCGCGACACCGACCAAUCGAACGGCAAGAAGUUCUACUACCAACUCAACAGCAAGAAGCACCACCACUACCAGCCGGACAUCACAAGUCACGAGACGGUUUUUGUUAAGCCCAAAGAAGUGAAAGUACCGGAUUUAUCCAGCAAUAAGGGGUACAACCUUCCCCCCGUCCUGCAGCAGAAAUGGGUGAGGGAUAAGGACUCGGGCUGUUUGACGAAAAUAAAGGAUAUUACGAUGGAGUUAAAGAAUCUUCCCGCUGAUUUGAACGGACAUAAAAUGGACCCUGAAACGGCGAAACCAAAAGAGGACGUCGUGACGCAAAGCAACGACGUCCGCAGCGGGAAGCUAAAAAUAGUGAAGAAUAAAAACAAAAACGGAAGGAUUGUGAUUGUGAUGAGCAAGUACAUGGAGAAUAAUCUGAAAUCGGACAAAAUCAAAAGCGACUCGGAGAAGCAGGUGCCGGACAGCAGCACCGAGGACCACAUGGAGAAAAUGAAACUGGUGAAAAAGCUCGGACUCAUGAACGGAUUUACAAAAUUACCCAAAGACAAAUCAUUGCCUUCGGGCCCUGACAGCGGGGAAUGCCUCAAAGAGCGAAAAGAGAUUUCUAAAGCCGAGCCAACUGUGACGGCAGACCAGGACAAACAUGUUGGGGUCAAUGGUCGCGGGCAGAUUCUGGCGGAUGAGGCUGCGGAGUUGACAACCACAACUAAUCUGGUCUCCUCGCCUUCAGACGCAGAGGAGAAGCAAGUUAGCCAAAGCGCACCGUCGACGUUAAAAAGACACGCUGUGGAGUUCGAGCAAAGCGGGCCGAGAAAGAGAUUUUUGAGGACAUUUAACCCUUCUCGGACUCCAUCUCCGCAGAUAACUCAAAGCGUUCCCGACUGUCAACAAGUAUUACCUGACUGCGGUUACCAAGACGAGCCCAUGGACUUGAGUAUGGACAAGUCUAAAGUCUCGACCGUGGAUCCCCCAGAGGCAGUAGGGUCCACCCAAGUCGAGCAGCCGCUGCCGCCCCCGGCAGAGGUGGAAACCCAAGACCAAAGCAGCGUCACACAAGUCACACAACAAACGGAGAAUGUCAGGCCUUUGUCUCAGAGUGACCACAGCCAGAGGAAAGACGUGCACUUUCCCUGCUUCCAGCCCCUUCUCGGGAACAUCGUGAUCACGGACAUCACCACCAACUGCCUCACCGUCACCUUUAAGGAGUACGUGACGGCGUAG